UUUAAGAAAAACCAAAUGUUUCACAGUGAUAGGAAAAACUGAGAGGAGCUGAGAAAAACGAAGAGCUACCAAAUUUCUUGAAAAUAUUUUCGUCUGAUCUUCAUCUGGUGACAGUUAACGAGAGUCUGAUUCCACGAUUAUAGGCACAUCUCCGGCGAGCAGACCGUCCUGCGUCGGUGACGCAAUCACGCACCGAAUCCAGCAGGUUUGGCGUCAAGACUUGCGGCGGUGGUAGAACUAACACCCACGGAACGUCUCUCUCUUGCACCGGCGACUCACCCAAACACCGGAUGCAGUAGCUGCAUCGGCACGACUACUUGUAUAGUUUAUUUGUAAUGGAACCAUGUUCCUAAGAUGACAUCUAUCAAUGAUCGAUCAUAUUUGCAGUUCUCGGCAUCUAUGUUUCCAUCUCUAAGCAGGGCAAGUACAAGAACAAACAUGCACUGCUUCCCAAGGAGUUUCGCUACUGCUGCAUCCCCUAUUGUUCCAAUGCAGCAUCCAUCUAAAAUGGAAGCCCAUAUCUGGUAUAUCUUACCUGAUGAAGUAAAGAGUACACGUCUUCAGAAUCAAUAUUUAAAUAUAUUAUCACCGGAUGAAAAAGAGAAUAUUAUGAAAAUGGAUGGAGGGGAGCUUCAAAAAAGAGCCUUGCUAGCCCGUGCUUUGGUUCGCACUUCCAUUUCAAGAUAUCUGACACAUUGUCAAAUUGAUCCACAAGCCUUGAAGUUUAAAAAGAACAUGUUUGGGAAGCCUGAGUUAGACUGGCAAAAUAGCAGCGAACAGUGUCUACCACCAUUGCAAUUCAACAUCUCACAUACUUCAUCCUUGAUAGCAUGUGGAGUGACUCUGAAUUCUUCAAUUGGUAUAGAUGUGGAAGAGAAGACACGAAAGAUUAAAAACGACAUCGUAGCUUUUGCUAAACGAUAUUUUUCUCCGAAUGAAAUAGAAGUUUUAUCUGCUAUUUCAGAUCCUGAAAGCCAGCGGCAGGAAUUUAUAAAAUUAUGGACUCUGAAGGAGGCAUAUGUUAAAGCGUUGGGUAGGGGCUUCUCAGCUAAUCCUUUCAAGACUUUCACUAUUCAGUUUAACACAACUGCUGGAGGUUCAUGUCUUCCUGGGUGUAUAACGGAUGACGAGGCUUCUGAAAUAAGUGUAGAGUCUUGUGAUGAUCCUGGGAACUGCUCGAGAGAUCUGACGUUUGCAUUGAUGGAGUUGUCAGGUUCUCAUUAUGCUGCUGUUUGCUUGGAAAGAGACAGAAACAUUAGAGGAGAAGCGAGUUCUCCCAUGAAGUUGAACGUGUGGAGAACAAUUCCAUACGUGGAGGAUGAAUGUGUUUCUGGAACUGAGGCAGCUCUGCCGAUCAGUGGCUUUGCUUAAUCAAGUGUAAAGUUUUCUUUAACUUGAAAACAUGCAACACGGUUGGGUGUCGCUCGCUCUCAAAGAUCGUCGAUACAGAAA